UUUUUGUUUUUAAUAAUUUUUUUUUUAACUAAUAUUUUACAAUUAGAAUGACAUUGAAGCCUAUCUUCUUCUUUGACUUAGAUAACUGUCUUUAUAAUAAAGAUCUACAUAUUCUUUCACUAAUGAGACUAAAAAUUCAAGACUAUUUUGUACAUGAAGUCGGAAUUCCUGUUGACCAAGUUGUCCCUUUGCAAAAAAGAUACCAACAACAAUAUGGGUUAUCCUUAAGAGGUCUUCAAAAAGAAUAUAGCGUCGAUCCACUUGAUUAUGAUAUAAAAGUUGAUCAAUCGUUACCUUUAGACGGUUUAAUUACAAAAGAUGAAGAAUUGAUAAAAAUGCUUCAAAAACUUAACUGUAAGAAGUGGGUAUUCACUAAUGCUUAUAGACCCCAUGCCGUUAGAUGCUUAAAGCUAUUAGGCGUUGAAAAUGAAUUCGAUGGAUUAAUUUAUACCAAUUAUUUGUUACCUGAUUUUAACUGUAAACCAGAACCUGCUGCUUUCCUUAGAGCUAUGAAAGAUGCGGGUGCCGUGGAUCCUAAACAGUGCUACUUUAUAGAUGACUCUGCAAAUAACAUUGAUGCUGCACAAAAAAUGGGAUGGACUACUAUUCAUCUUGCUGAUGAUGCAUCCAAAUCAAAUCAUGGUGAUUAUCAAAUAGAAGAUAUUUAUGAUUUACCUCAAAUUUUACCAGAAUUAUUUGAGCCCAUACUUCCUAAUCUUAAAUUCAGAAGACAAUCUGUUGGAAUUACGACAGCAGCUUAAUAUAUUAGUUAAUAUAUUCCCUUUAAAAUUAAUAAAUAAAAUAUUUAUAUACACAAGUA